UGUGAUUUUGUAACCCAUUGGAUAUAAAUGACUAAAACCCAUAUAUAUAUUUCCCCCUAUGGAAACAAAAGCAUUGCCAAACAAAGAUUCUCUGUUUUUUGUUUAUUUAGUUUUUUUUAGUUGUAAGCAGUCAAUUCCCUGUCACCCGCGAGCAGGCCCCUCUCUCCUGCCCAAGGCAAAGACCCUUAAGAUACAGAGAGAGGACAUGGGGGCGGGGCUGCCUUGGUCUGCAGCAGGCAGCCUCUCUCAGUCAUUUGCUCCAUGUCUGUCUUCUGAAGAGGCAUCCUUCUGCCCUCAGCCGGGUGUGCGCAGACUUUACCAUCCAUUUUAUUCUAGGUGUCGCUGCUCCCUGGCCUUGGAGCCCCGCAGGCCUCACCGCAAAGCUCUGCCCGAGUCAUCCGCAGAGGAACCCCAGGGCUGAGCGCGGGGCACGUGUCCAGCAUGCAUGGAGCUUGUCACUGCUGAGCCCCACCUAGGUCCUCUGCCACAUUGUAUUCUCAGGGCUUGGUUCUCAGCGCCCAGGCAGUGUGUUCUCUCUGAGGGCUGCAGCGCCCCUAUGCCCAUCGCCCGCCAUCUGCUACAGACCUUUCGCUCCCCCGUGCCCUGGGUCUCGCUUCGCUGGGGACGCCGGUGGCUCUCCUAUCUCAGCCCCUGACGGCUGGGGCGCUGGGCGCGCGCUGCGCAGCCGCUGCUCUCCCCCGCCCUCGGGGGCCAAACCCCGGCAUCUCCGCGCGGCUCUGGGAGACUGAGGGAAGCUCUGUCUCGGUUGUUUCUCCCUCCUAUAGGAAACCUUUUUUGAUUAACCCCGGUGGGACAGCUGCCGAGCCAAUUGCUCCGGAGAGGCCCAGAGGGCCAAGGUGAAGUGGAGGCUGACACAUUGGGGCACAGACACACAGAGGGCCCUCCUAUCCUGCCCCCUUCUUGAGAAAAGUCAGGCAGUGGCUGGGGUCAUGGCUGUGUUGGGAAAAGUAGGAGACGGCACGCCCCGGCUGCAGACGCCCGAGGAUCCUGUGUGCAGGCGCGGCUCCUCCCCAUCGGCCCCACCCGACUUGGAAUCCACUGAAUCCCCUGAACGGCUGGCGCCCGAGCAGCCGGCUCCGCGCCUCUCACUGGCCUUGCUGGAACAGGGGAACGACGGAAACCGAGGCCUCAGGGAAAGUGCCUGUCUCUCCCGGAUGCCGAGAUUUGAGACCCAGAAAUCUCCCAUGGCUCCUUCUCAUAUUCGCCAGUACCAGGACAGUGACUAUAAACAUGUCCUGGAUUUGUUCAUAAGCGGCAUGGAGGAGUACAUACCCGCCACCUUCCGCCACCUGCUGACGCUGCCCCGGACCCUCCUGCUCUUACUUGGGGUGCCGCUUGCUGUGGUCCUGGUGUCUGGCUCCUGGCUGCUAGCUGCUAUAAGCAUCUUGUUUUUGCUCCUUCUCGUGCAGCUCCUUGCCAGACAUCCCUGGAAGGAGUAUGUGGCCAAGUGUUUGCACACAGACAUGGCUGACAUCACCCAGUCCUACCUGAAUGCCCGUGGCUCUUUCUGGGUUGCUGAGUCUGUGGGAGAGGUGGUGGGCAUCGUGGGUUGUCUACCAGUCAAGGAUCCCCCAUUAGGGAGGAAGCAGAUGGAGCUCUUUCACCUGUCUGUGUCGUCACAGUACCGUGGACAGGGGAUUGCGAAAUCACUGGUUAGAACUGUCCUCCAGUUUGCACGGGGCCAGGGUUACAGUGAUGUUGUUCUUGGGACCAGUGUCUUGCAGCGAAGCGCUAUGGCCCUCUACCUGAGUAUGGGUUUCAGGAGAACAGAUCGGUACUUCUUGAGUAUAUACUGGAGGUUAGUAGAUAACCCUACAUUUCAAUUAAAGUAUUCCCUGCCUUCUGCCUAGUAAGUGGAACUGAGACCUUAGCUCCUGGGCAGCAAACAGGCCCUGCUUCAUGUUCUAGGAACCAGUGAACCCUGUCAUGUCAGUGUAAUGAACAAUAAAAGCUCCUUGCUGGUGCACACCAGA